UCAAUGACAAGGGAGAAGUCUGUCACCAAAUUAACGAAAUAGCAGCAGCUUUAUGGCCGCCUCAUUAACCGAACAACAUAAUAGGGUCCAAUCCAGCACCGGCACCGCUCAAUCCACAGCCACAGUCAAGGACCCUGCAUAUUACGCGCCCUUGCACCGAACUAUCAAUGAAGGUGACUGGAAUGCAGUGGAAGAGUUCUUUAAAUCGAACUCGGAUGCCAAAAUCGUCUCAAUUUCUGACAGGUCCGAGACGGCUCUUCAUUUGGCGGUAUUUGCAGGAAAUGGAAAGAUGGUGGAGAAGCUGGUGGAUGUGAUGCCUGCAGAAGCGUUGGAAUUGAAAGAAUCAUCGGGCAGGACGGCUUUUGCUUACGCAGCCUUGGCCGGAGAUGUCAGGGCCGCGAUGGCGAUGGUGAGAAAGAACCCAGAGUUGCCACAAAUUAGAUCCAAUAUUGGUAUGUCGCCCAUCGCCUUUGCAGCCCUCAACCGUCAAAAGGAUAUGGUGUGAUAUCUUGUGCGACUCACCAAAGAUCAAUAUCUCAGUCCUUUUCUUGGCUCUGAUGGUGCUCUACUUCUCAAUCAUAUCAUUUUCGCAGAUUUAUAUGUUGUGGAGUCACAACGAAGUCGCAGCAGAGCCUAUGUUAAGUCAGGGUGCAUUUGGAAUGGGAUCUUGCGGCCACAUUUCCAAAGCAAGAGUUGAUCG